CAUCAGAUGACGCUAUCGGAUAGCUUACUUGUUCUCUAACAACAAUGGAACAAAAUAGUCAUUUAUCUUUAGCCAGUUUUAGUCGAAAGCUACGUAAAUAUUGUACUAAUGCAGCAGAGUGUGCGGUUAAAGAGAAAGAAUGUGUUUCGCGGCUAGAGACCAUCAUCACGCAACGAGAUGCUUGCCUUGUUCAUUUAGCGGAGCAAAAGGAUAAACAUUCGUUGUUGUGCGAAGAACUCGAAGAUCUACAAAAUCAACGGGAGGAUGCUCUUGAGUUUUACCACAAUGCUGAGAAAAGGUACCAGAAAUAUGCUGUCGUUUUAUCGUCUCAAACUGCGGAAUCCGAUGGGAAGUCCGCUGCACCUGACAAAAUGGAAGUUAAAGUUGAUGAUGAAUGUCCCGACGAACAACUUUUGAAGCGGUUUCUGCGAAAGUACUGCAAUCUUUACGUGCAGUUCAACAAGCGACCAAACGUCGUUCGCGUUCUAUCACUGGAGGACAACCGCUAUUUUGAAAUAGAUUUAAACAGAAGUAAAUGUAAUGAUCUAGUCAAAAUAUGGUCUAAUAUAGGCUCGUCCAGCCUACAUUUAAGCACUUGGGAAGAAUUGAUCCAACAUCAAAUGAUGAAAUGAUGGUGCGAUAUAGUGUAUGAACAAAAUAAUUAAAGCAUUCAACCUGGCAAAUUACUAACACACACCAUUUUAACAGAAGAUACGACAUACGGCUGAGCUUCGUUCAAAAUCGGGAGUAUUUAUUACAAAACUAUAGGGGUCCGCGACAGCCGAGCGGUAGCGACGUCGGGGGCUCACCCCCUCGACGCUCCGUGGGUUCGAAUCCCAACCGCGACCAGACCUUCCCCUGUACAAGAGGACUGACUGACUAUCCACGUACACAUAGGGUAAAAAAUCUUGCAAGUCUUUAACGGGCCAGGCAUGACCAACAAGGUCGUUAUGCCAAGAACGAUUAAGAUUACAAAACUAUAUGAUCUGGUAUCCACUCAUAUGUUUAACUAAGGUGCAAAUAAUAAAUUUUUAAAUUUGUAAAUUUGUCUAGAAAUUUAACUUAAACUUGGUGUAAGUUAGCAGGGAAGAUGACGUCAUUGAAGAUUGUUUGUAAAGUAAAUAAAAGGUUAUUUAAAUAAUCAUUUGCAAGACAAUAAAUACCAUUUUUACCAG